AUGGACGAACUUGGGGAGGCAAGCUAUUUUCUAUCAUCUGAGAAAACGGAAAAAAGCCCGGAGAAUUGUUUGUUUGCGCAAUAUCACUCACCACAGACUGACAGCAUGAAGAAAGAGAUUAUGAAACAGCUAAUGGGAAACGAUGAAGAUCGAACUAUUCGUGUCUUGUUUGCGACAAUUGCUAUUGGAAUCGGUGUUAACAUUCCUAACGUCAGACAUGUCAUACAUAUUGGAGUGCCAAGGACUAUGGAAUCUUAUUACCAAGAAAUUGGCAGAACUGGACGAGAUAAUAAACCAGCAAGAGCCUCUCUUUUCUUCAAUGGCCAAGAUAUUUCCACUAACAAACCAGGGAUGACAACUGAAAUGCGAAAUUUCUGCUUACAAGAAACCAAUUGUUUGAGAAAGGAACUUCUGGUUUUUCUGGGAUCUGCAUCAUGUGGAAGUGAAAUCAAAUUGAAAUACGAAAGGCACAUUUGUUGCAGUAACUGCUUUAAGGUUUGCAAAUGCUUAACUUGUGCAACAAAUAAGGAGUUACAAAUCCAAACUGAUAGAAAACUAUGCGAAGAACCUGAGCCCCAGCCUGUUCGCCUUGUUACAGAUGAGCAGCGAGUACGUAUACAGGCAUUACUGAAGAAAUACAGAAUUGAAGCUGGCAAAUCUGGUGCAAACUUUGGAGGAAUUGACAUCAGUACUGGGUUAACAAUAGAACUUAUAGACUUAAUUGUUUCAAAAUGUGACAAGAUCAAUUCAGCUGAAGAAUUGUUUGCUGAAUUUGAAAUGUGGGACAUCACACAUGCACAAGCAUUUUUUAAAAUUAUCAGUGAUGUUUGUAAUGCUUAACCCAUUGAGUUCCAUUGUGCCCUUAAUGUGCCCUACUAAUUAUAUUGACAUACUACUUUACUCUAAUGCCAGAUGAUUUUACUUAUCAACGAGAGUGCUGGCAUCUACUGUAAUAGGUUAACUGCACUCAUUCACUCAUACAGGUAUAAAGUGCAGUGAAAUGUAUCUCAAAACUAAUCGUAAUCAUAGCCAAUAGAAUCCUUGGAAGAGGAGAGAGCUAUGUGUCUAGUUAACCCACCGAUGAGCUAUACUUUAUUAUUUUACUCUGUGUGAUGCCAAACAAGUUUAUUCGUCAAAUGGAGAGCACUGGCACUUAAUAGGUUAAUUGCAUCCAAAUUAUAAAUAUGUGUAAAAUAUUAAAAGUAAGUCUUGUAUGACUGUUUACGAUAAUACUACAUGUACUAAACACAGUGUAGCAGUGCAGUACCAGCUGCAGUAAAUUAACAGAUUUAAUGACGUAUAAUAUAAUAUCACUAAAACUUUAAAUAAUCGUCUGUAAAAAUUGUAGCAUUAUACAUUCAGUGUGCACUAGGAAUUGAACCCAGCAAAACAAGAUAG